CCCUACCUAUCACAUCAUACUUUUUCACUAACAACUAAACUAUCACAUCUUACUUUUACCCAUCAUAUCAAGGGCAAAAUUGGAAAGUCAACUACAAUUUAACACUUCCUUAUUUUCCUCCAAAGUCAAAAGAGGAACUCUUUUGAGAAACGGAGGUAGUAUUACUAAACCUCUUUUCCUGAUGGUAGUUCUACUUGUAUAUCAAGUUUAAUUGUUCUUUGUUUUUUGGGUUUCCAUGACAAAAUCAGCCUUUUCACUUAUACUACUUUCUUUUAUUGAAAACCCCCAUGGUCAAUUUUGUUGGAAGGAUUGGAGGAAAAGACUUUGGACGGCUUCCCUUCCUAAUGUUUCAAACAUGCAUCAUCUCAAAUGCUUUAUUUGUUUUCUAGAACACUUUAUUUACGAAAUACUUCCUCCGUCCCCCUGUAUUUGUCCACAUUUGACUUUUGGAACUGUUCAUCUAAACACUUUGACUCAUCAAAUUCUCUCAAUGUGUAAGCCUAAAUAUAGUCAUGUGUGAUCUUGUUUGAUUUGUCUUAACAUAUACUCCCUCCGUCCCGUGAAACAUGGGACAUUUGCUUUUUAGGAGGGAUUUAAGAGUGUAUUUUGGUAUUGAAUUUCCAAAAAUGUCCUUUGAUGUGAUGAGUAAAAGUAUGAUUUGAUGGAUAGAUUAUUAGUAAAAAGGUAUGAUGUAAUAGUUAGGGUAUGAAAAAGUAAGGGGUAAAAGUGACUUUUUAAUAGAAAUGAGAAGUGUUUUGUGGGACGGAUAAAAAAAGAAAGGGGAAAUGUUUCACGGGACGGAGGGAGUAGAAUAUUAAUAUAUAAUUUUUAUAAUUUUUUAAUAUACAAAUUACAAGAUAAAAUGGAUUAAAGAAGUGCAUUGGAUGUUUGAAGAGCAAAGGGAUCAAGCACUUGUGGAGAGAAUUUUGCGAGUGGUGUUCUUGGACCCCGAUCAACCUUCUCCGGCAAUGGACAAACUAAAGCGCCAAUUGGCUGAAGCGGAUGCUGCUGCAGAAGCUCGCAAGAAACCGCCUGCAGACACAGGCCCAAAAGUAAUUGGAGAAGGCCUUGUUAUUGAUGAGUGGAAAGUGAGGAGGGAAAAAUAUCUGGCUAAGCAGCAAGUUGAGGCUGUCGAUUCAUCCUAGACUUUAAAUAUUCUUCUUUCAAUAUGCAAGCGUUUCGUUGUCUCUAAGGAAAACAGGGGCCAAAUACAAGAAAAUGUUUCCAGGAAG